GGCUAUCAUGUCACUGUGGCCCAAGGCCAAGUUCCACAGUCCAAACCACAAACUACCACACUCUCACCUUUUUCUCUUCCCUCUCCCCGUCAGUUAAUCUUCCCUCCUCUCUGUCAUUUUCCUUUGGCCACCCCACCACCAUGAACCAGGCUCCUCCCUUAAUCAUCAUCCCUCAAAUUCGAUCACACGGACUUAUUCUGCUGGUUGAAGGGCCGGCUCCCAGUUCCAGUACUAAUUCCUGCUCUUAAUCUCACAAAUCACAAUCCCAUGUCAGGAAAACCACAAUCUCUUGUUCUCCUACCCGCCAAUCUCAAAAAGCUGUGCAAAUUUGAGAGCUUUUAAGCUCAAAGACAAGCCACAAGCACUUUCCUGCCUCAUUUUCACCAAACCAAUUCAGGGUCCUUCUCUAAACACCCCAUUGUUUUUCUAGAAAUGGUUUCUGGGCUUCCCCUAUUUCUUGCUUCGAGUAAUCUUGAAGCAAACACUAUUCAUUUUUGUAGUCUUGCAGAAAGACAACUUCUUUCUGUCCCUCUCUCUCCUUUUCUCUUCUGCCAACAGCAUUUUAGCUGAUUAAUCUCCUCCUGCUGCCAAUAGAGAUUUGGGGAUUUGGUGUGUGGCUGUUUACGGGAUGGGGUUUGUUGUCGACAGUCGGUUGGUGUUGCUGGUGAAGCUCUGUGCCAUUGGCUUGAUUUUCAUCAUCCAAGGAUCUUCAGGUUUUAGCAUAUCACCAACUCAGGGAAAUGAAAUUCAUUUGGCAGAGGGAGUUCAGAGUCCAGUCCAUCAGAUUAAGCCAUUCGAAAGCAAUCCACCGAGCUCAGAGUCCCUCCUAGAUGAUAUUGGGAUAACCAACGUUGAGAAUGCUGGUGUGAAAAAUGCAGGUCCUACAACGUUCGACACUCCGCCUGAAUCGAUUUCGGGGCAGGCACCAUUCUACCAGCCUAGUCCAGUUGGAUCACCACCACCUUAUAGCUCUGCUCCUCCACCUGUAGUAAUUUCUGGAAGUGUGCCUCCUGAAUCUCCAACUGUUUCAUUUACACCUACAUCACAUGGGAUAGUAGCUCCAUCACCCGGAAUUUUCCAAGGAAGUGUAGCACCUUUGCCAUCAAAAGCUGAUGAAGGAAGUGUUUCUCUUGACCCUCCCUUACCAAGUAUCGCUCCUCCCCCUCAGAUUUCUGGAGGGAACGUUGCACCUGUACCAUCUAACUCUGUUGAAGGACAUGUAGCACCUAUGCCAUCCAACUCUUCCGGAGGUGUUUUAGUUAGACCCCCAGCACAUAGUAUAGUGCCUCCUCCUCAAAUAUCUCAAGGACAAGUAGCACCUAUGCCAUCGAACUCCAAUGCAGGAAAUGUUUCCUUAGCACCUCCACCAAAGAGUAUGGUUUCUCCUCCCCAGAUAUCUCAAGGACAGCCUGCACCUUCGCCAUCGAGCACUUCUGGAGGAGGUGUAUCAUUGGUACCUCCACCACAUAAUACUAUAGCUCCUCCGCCUCAGAAGUUUGAUGGACAUGUAGCACCUAUGCCAUCAAACGAUUCUGGAAGUGGGCAGCCGGGUGCAAAGGCUCCUGCCUCUGUGCCAGUUGCAACACCUCCAGCUAAUUCUUCACCAAGCCUACCAUCCACCCGCCCAGGUGUCCCAGAAACUUCUCCGGGUAGUACUCAUCAGAACAGCACACCAUUCAAUGGUUCUCCUCUCCAAAAACCAGUUUCUCCAGAAUUUGAUCUCUUGAAUUUGUUUGCCUUACAUAUGUCCAGCAGCUGCAUUACCUCCAAGGAUCUUAGUGAGGGAGAAACCAAUGCGACAUCCAAUUGCACCAGCCGUCAUUAUCCCCUCUGUCUCCCCAGGUUAUUUUGUCCGAUUCCAGUUCAGUCACCCGUAGGAGACUUGCAACAUAAUUCAUCAAGAAAUCUCCCAGUUGCACCUAUGACAUCUCCUCCAAGAUUGAAAGAUCCUGAGGUCUCAUCUCCAUCAUCUACUCCUCCAAGGACUCAUUGGAGAAAAGAUGAACCUCCAGCUACUGCACCCUCAGCUGAAAUAGAAAAGCCCUUGCCAGUGUUGCCACCUACAAACAAUUCACCUAGUAAGGCUUUUUCUCCUGCUGUGGCUCCUUCUGUGCCCAAAUCUGUGCAGCAUUCGAGUGAAGCUCCUUCUCCAUCUUCUCAUAAUCUCAACAAAGUAAGAAAUGGAAUCAGCAGCGCUCCUCCCAGAUCAUCAUAUGUCAUACCUCCUCAGUCUUCAGAAGAGCCAGCACUCCCUCCAUCAUCUCUUCCAACUAGCAGGCCCACAAACUUCGCUUCUCCACCUCACCAUCCAGGUACUAUGCCGGUUAUAGGUGUUCCACUUGCUCCCUCGCCAUCAGAGACAGCAGCAUCUAACUGGACCACAAUACCAAUUCUUUCACCAAAAGUUUCUCCGAGAUCUUCAUCGAAGAACCCUAUGCCCUUGUUUCCGCCAAUCCAUGCAUUGCCACCUCCACCACCUAAUCAAGAUUGUUCAACGACUGUUUGCUUGGAUCCUUAUGCGAACACUCCUCCCGGUUCUCCAUGUGGAUGUGUGUUGCCCAUGAAAGUAGGACUGCGCCUUAGUGUUGCGCUAUAUACAUUUUUCCCUUUGGUUUCUGAAUUUGCUCAAGAACUGGCAACUGGGGUUUUCAUGAAACAAAGUCAAGUCAGGAUUAUGGGAGCCAAUGCUGCUAGCCAGGAACCUGAUAAGACCAUCGUCCUCAUUGACUUGGUUCCACUUGGACAGAAGUUUGACAAUACAACUGCUUUCUUGACUUACCAAAGGUUUUGGCUGAAACAAGUGGCAAUACAAACUUCCUUAUUCGGUGACUACCAAGUCCUCUUUGUGCGCUAUCCAGGUUUACCGGAAUCUCCUCCUUCAGCAGCUUCUGGGAUUACUAUCAUCGACGAUGGGCCAUACUCUGGCAAUGGAAACAAUGCAAGAACGAUAAAGCCCCUAGGAGUUGAUGUAUCCAAAAGGCGCCAAAAGAAUGGACUUAAUGGUGCUGUCAUUGCUAUUAUUGCUCUGUCAGCUUCUAUUGUUGUCAUUUUGUGCUCGGCAGUUGCUUGGAUUUUUAUUUCCAGGAAGAGAGGCCAUCAGGGCAGAGAGCCAUCACCAGCUCUCCCACCUAUGCCUGCUUCUGUUGCAAAACCCUCAGGGACUACUGUGUCGGCUCUUGGGAGCGCUCUCAGUUCUAAUUCAUUGUCAUUUGGCUCUAGUAUUGCACCAUACACGGGAUCUGCCAAAACCUUCAGCGCAAGUGACAUCGAGAAAGCGACAGAUAACUUCGACGAUUCAAGAAUACUCGGGGAAGGUGGUUUUGGACGUGUUUAUAGUGGUGUUCUUGAAGAUGGGACGGAAGUAGCAGUGAAAGUUUUGAAAAGGGACGACCAACAAAGUGGUCGAGAAUUCCUUGCAGAAGUUGAGAUGCUUAGCCGCCUUCACCAUAGAAACCUUGUCAAGUUGAUUGGGAUAUGCACAGAAGAGCAUGCUCGAUGUUUGGUCUAUGAGCUAGUACCUAAUGGCAGUGUGGAAUCUCAUUUGCAUGGGGACGAUAAGGAAUCAACUCCAAUGGAUUGGGAUGUCCGGAUCAAGAUAGCGCUUGGUGCAGCUCGAGGUCUUGCUUAUCUUCACGAGGAUUCAAGUCCGCGUGUCAUCCACAGGGAUUUCAAAGCCAGCAACAUCCUGUUGGAGAGUGAUUUCACUCCAAAAGUCUCCGACUUUGGAUUGGCACGAUCUGCCCUGGAUGAGGAAACCAGCCAUAUAUCCACUCGUGUCAUGGGAACCUUUGGGUAUGUGGCCCCUGAGUAUGCAAUGACCGGCCAUCUUCUAGUGAAGAGCGAUGUAUACAGCUACGGUGUAGUCCUUCUCGAGCUUUUGAGUGGGAGAAAGCCAGUGGAUAUGUCACAACCACUAGGUCAAGAGAACCUAGUAGCAUGGGCGCGCCCACUUCUGACAAGUAGAGAAGGGCUGGAAAUGAUAAUCGAUCCAUCUCUAGGCCUCGAUGUCCCCUUCGAUAGUGUGGCCAAAGUUGCAGCCAUUGCGUCCAUGUGUGUGCAGCCGGAGGUGUCUCAUCGCCCUUUCAUGGGCGAAGUUGUUCAAGCAUUGAAACUGGUGUGCAAUGAGUGCGAUGAGGCGAAGGAAGUAGGGUCGAUAAGUUCCAGCCGAGAUUUAUCAGUGGAUGGUGGCGAGGCCAGUACCACCUCGGGGAAGCUGCUGCCAGAGAUGUUCCAUGACCAGAGAUUGGGGCUAGGGCCGAGCAACUAUGACUCUGAUCCGGAUAUCGAGAGAGGGCUAACGUUGUCGGAUAUGUUUGGCACGUCGGGAAGAUUUGGGAGGCAGGCACCAGCAUCGGCAUCGUUCAGGAGGUAUUCGAGUUCGGGUCCAUUGAGUAGUGGGAAGGGAAGGGAGUGGUGGCAGAGAAUGAGAAGAUUGAGAGGGGAGAGUGUGAGUGAACAUGGGAUCAUGUUCAGACAAUGGGCAGGUUCAUAUUGAAAGCUUGGCCAAAACUCUUGUUUAUGUGUGAAUAUUGAUUUAUUGCACAGUUCUUAGGAGGAGGCUAGAGGAAUGAAUGGUGAAAUAAGUUUUGGGGAAAACCAUUUACAAGGAGACUAGAAAAGAAGUUGCAUCCCAGCGUGGAUUGACAGUAAAGAAGGAUGAAGGAAGUAUGACAGCAAGUGAGUUUUGACCCUUUUGAGUAAUAACAGACAAAGAGGAGGGCAAUUUAACUUGAAUGCUUUAUCAUUGUCCAGAUACCAAAUUGUAAUUUAACCCCUUUGGUCGGUUUGAGGGGUACACAUGUAAUGUAAGAAUCAAUGUAAAAUGUAAAGUGGAGCAAAAUGCUGCAACUACAAGUGUACAGUUUUUUUGUUCCUCCCUGUUAUUUAGAUCAUGUUUAACAAUUGUGGAUCAACCUAGCUAAUUAUUAACAUAUUCAAGAAAAAAAUAGAAGAAA